GAAACCGCAGCGCAUCCCCCCCAAAUCCUCAGACGGGCACCUUGUUUCGGCUGGGCUCUCGCCUCUUUUUCCAAGCGGGAGGCGUCUCAUCACCUGAACCUGAACUUAACCACCUCACCAGCCCGCCUACACCCUCCAAGGCUCCAACCACCUUUUCUCCUCUUUCCCAACCACACUUCACACACUCUUCGACCAUCAAUCAACAAACCGCGACCGAUCGCCAUUUACAUCCUCCAAGAAACUCCGAACCUCGUUCAACUCAAACUUCAAUCUCGCUCGUCCGAAACAAGACUUUUAUUCGCCAGCUGCAGCUUCGAGCUCCGCCGGCAAACCCCAACUUCAUUCAGCCUUCUCACAUCUCCGUCACCACAGCGACAAUGCCCGAAGACGCCCCCUACGACCCGUACAUCCCCAGCGGCCAGGCUGCCAACACAGCCGGCACGCAACAGCAAGGAGGAGCUGGCGGCAAUGCGAGGACCCAGGCUCUGCAAGCUCAAAUCGACGACACCGUUGGUGUGAUGCGUGAGAACAUCAACAAGGUCUCCCAAAGAGGCGAGCGUCUGGAUGCUUUGCAAGAUAAGACCGACAACCUGGCUGUUUCAGCUCAGGGCUUCCGCCGGGGCGCCAACCGCGUCCGCAAGCAGAUGUGGUGGAAGGACGUCAAGAUGCGCAUGUGCUUGAUUGCCGGCAUCAUCAUUCUCAUUCUCAUCAUUGUCAUUCCAGCCGAUACCACACUUUUUGCAUUACACUAG